CCAUGAUGGCAGAGGAGCUGAAGAAGGAGCAGGACACCAGUUCUCAUCUGGAGAGGAUGAAGAAGAACCUGGAAGUCACGGUCAAGGAUCUGCAGCACCGCCUGGAUGAAGCAGAGAAUCUGGCCAUGAAGGGUGGCAAGAAACAGCUCCAGAAACUGGAGUCCAGGGUUCGUGAACUGGAAGGUGAGGUUGAGGGUGAACAGAGACGUGGUGUUGAUGCUGUCAAGGGAGUCCGCAAAUACGAGAGGAGGGUGAAGGAGCUCACCUACCAGACUGAGGAGGACAAGAAGAACGUCACCAGACUGCAGGAUCUGGUUGACAAGCUGCAGCUGAAGGUCAAGGCCUACAAGAGGCAGGCUGAGGAAGCUGAGGAACAGGCCAAUACUCACCUGUCCAAGUGCAGGAAGGUGCAGCAUGAGCUGGAGGAGGCUGAGGAGCGUGCUGACAUUGCUGAGACCCAAGUCAACAAGCUCAGGGCCAAGGGCCGCGAUGGCGGAAAGGGCAAAGAGGCUGCAGAAUAAACUCUCUGAAUCCAUGUCACUUUCAUCUGGAUUAAAAAUCCUGGUUAAUGUGACUACUCUAACAAUGUAUAUUCCCUAAUAAAGAUUUAUUUGACUUAAUAUUUCUUUGUGUCUUUUUUUAAUGGCUCAUUCAUAAACUUUAGUCAGGAGGUUGACGUUUCUAUGACUUUAUAACUGGACUGUAGCUUUUUUCUAUAGGAAACUGCCUCUUACCAACCGGUUUUCACAUUCACAAUCAUUCAACAGAUCUCACGGUCCUUGGUACUUAUGUGAGACUAAUUUAGCUGUUGAGCUACAUCAGAAUUCUAACACAUCAGAGAAGGUCUGCUAACGUCCAACCUAGAGAUCAUAUUUUGCAUACUGAACUAGAAGGGCUUCAUCCUAAACUGCAUAUCAAUCACAGGAAUCACAUAUGAGGGAUUUGAACAAACAAAACGUUUUACUAUCAGAGUUGGGUACACAGGAAGGCAGUCCAGAAACAAGCAAGCAAAUAAAAAAGGGGGCAGGCAACGACAGGGUUCGGUGUGGGAUUUGGUCGAGGUUCCGGAGGCGGAAUCGGAUGGAGAGGCAGAGGUCGGCAACACUAGGUAAUCAAUUAACAUGGGGAAAUCGCUGGAACGCUAGAGACACUGAGAAACUAGGACGAACUGGCAACGAGAAAACAGGAACACACAGACUAUAUACACAAGAUGAUGAGGGACAGGUGAAAGCAAAUGCAGACAAUCAACAAGGCAAGGAACACACACAAGGGCAGGGCGUGAGGUGAGCUCUCCUUCACAGGCUUGAUACGGGACACACGGAAAGUGGUGUGCACCGUCAUUGAUCUGGGAAGCCUGUGUCACACGGCAGCGGGGUUGAUGAUCUUGGAGAUGGGAAAAGGACCAAUAAACCGGGGAGUCAACUUGCGUGCCUCAACACAUAGGGGGAUGUCAAGGGUGGACAGCCAAACUCUAUUGCCAGGUUGGUAAGUGGGCGCGGGGGUCCGUCUUCGGUCCGCCAUAUUCUUCCUCCGGGCUGAGCUUCUUAGGAGCACCUCACAGUCCCCACUUUAGAUCCAGCGGCAUCAGCGGAUGAACUUCUGGGCAUAGGGGAUGCUGACCUCCAUCUCUAGAGCGGGGAAUAGUGGAGGCUGGUAGCCAUAGACACACUGAAAUGGAGAAAAGCCGGUAGAUGAACUGGGUAGGGUGUGAAAAUUCUACCCAGAUGAGAUGUUUGCUCCAG